AGUUCGGUGGCUCCAGCUCCGCCGCUCGUCACCUUUGAUCGGCGCAGAGGGAAGAGACGCUUCCAGGGGAUUUAAACACGGUGAAGCUCCGGAGACAACGUCCAACAAGUGACGGGGGACACGGGGGACUGCGGGGGAAACUGUAACCAACCCCCCACAUCUGCGGGGGGAACUCGUCGCGCAGGGAAAACGGUCACGAGUGCGCGGAAGUUUGUGUUUACUGAUGUUGUGGUAGCUAGCUGGCUGGCCCUGUUAGCUUGUUAGCGAGGGAGGUGCGCGCUGCGUGCACGGCUCAGUAUUUGCAACUUAACGAGCGAGUUGGGAACUCCAGUUGGGAACUACCAUUGAAAACGUGUUCUGUUAAACAGCGCCUGUCUGUUUGCGUGGUUGCCAAACUCCUGUAACGUCAGUGCGGGCCACGAGCUUUGAAUCUUGAGGGGUCGUGUCUCACGCGCUGAUUCGCAGAGAAAGAAAACGCACGAUCACGCAUCGAGUCACGAUCCCGCAGGUACAGCUCGCCGAGCCAUUUCCGUUUACCCCCCUGGUACGAAUGACAGAUCAGGCUGGCAGCUCUGGACCUCUCGACCCGUCCUCCCCCAUCGGACCCAUAGUUCACAGUCUUCGUCCGUGAUGGGCCCCCUGCUCGGCUGGUGAGACGCGUGGAAACCGAUCAGAAGUCUUUUACCAUGGGAGGAUGUGUGGGGAGAUACUGGGAGGGCUGGGAGGACACACAGAGCCGAGGGUCGUCCAGGAACGGUGGACGAGGAGGACGUAAUGAGCCUCUCAAGAAAGAUCGGCCCAAGUGGAAGAGCGACUACCCGAUGACAGAGGGCCAGCUACGGAGCAAGCGGGACGAGUUCUGGGACACGGCGCCGGCCUUUGAGGGCCGUAAAGAGAUCUGGGACGCCCUGAAGGCUGCCGCUGUGGCACUGGAGUGCAACGACCACGAGCUGGCCCAGGCUAUAGUGGAUGGAGCCAGUAUCACACUGCCACACGGUACUCUCGCAGAGUGUUACGAUGAACUCGGGAACCGCUACCAGCUGCCCGUCUACUGCCUGGCUCCACCCAUCAACCUCAUCUCAGAACGCAGCGAUGAGGACCCCAGCGACAGCCCCGAACCCACUGUAGCACCCAAAAAGGAAUUCCAGCUCAAGGUACGACUGUCCACAGGUAAGGACCUGCGCCUCAGUGCCAGCAUGUCUGACACCAUCGGGCAGCUCAAGAAGCAGCUGCAGGCCCAGGAGGACAUUGACGCCAUCCACCAGCGCUGGUUCUUUUCUGGCAAGCUGCUCACGGACAAGACGCGGCUGCAAGACACCAAGAUCCAGAAGGACUUUGUCAUCCAGGUCAUUGUCAACCCACAGGCUCUCCAAGCCCCCAAGCCGUCACCCACCUCACGUGAAUAGCUAAGACACAAGCAGAGCAGAGGUGCCUCUGAAUGCUGGAUUGAAAUAAAACUGUGGAGGUGCGUACAAAACUAUAUGAGGGAGAAACUCUUAAGUGCUGCUUUCUUUUAUCUAUCACGUGUCAUUGUUCCUUUUUGUUCAGGUUGUGUUGGGUUGUUGUUUAAGUGAAUCCAGUCACCACACUAACUCUGGAGAUCCUCUUCUUGUCACUUUGAACCGUAUGUUAAUGAGCAGCCUUUUUAAACACAAACUGUGCACAUCACGCUGCACAUGCAAAGAAUCUGCCUCUGCCCUCUUUGUCUGCACUAAUUGUAACUAAGUGCCAAUGGAAGAAAUGCAGAAGUGUUUGUUGGUUCCGAAGCACAUCUCUACAUGGACGCUAUGGACUCGACUCCUCCACAGACACAGGAGGGGAGGGCAGAGUGUGAUCCCGAACGUUUCUUUGUUUUCUUUUGUUGAGGAAAAGAUGUAAUUUUUGAGCUUUUUUGCACAUUUGAAGAUUAUUACUAGACUUUGUGGUAGUUUUAUGUGCCUUCUACAUGAUGAAACAACAAGCGGUCGGUGUCCUGAAAGAUGCUAGUUUUACCACUAGGCUAAGCCAUCUGUAUUUUUUUAGAUUCAGGAACCUUUAGAUUGACCCAAGCUAUAACUGUUGCCUUUUUUGUAUUAUUUCUUCAAUCUCUGCCGACAAAAAAAAGUUUAUGUGUGUGCGUAUGUGUGUGCGCGUGUAUGUGUGGGCAAAAGGAAAACAUAUUUACCCACAUGAUACAUGUCAGAUUAAUGUAGCUCUCUAAGACUAGACUGUUUUCCAGGUGCACAAGUCAUAGCUUUGCAGUCAAUCAUAUCAUAGUGUCGAGGGAAAUGGAUGUUCCCCUGCAAAAAUGAUGGUCUUAAAAAGCUCCAUUAUUGACCACUUAAUAACACCUGCCCCCCUGAACACUAGGGGGCACCAACACAGCCCUGAUAUAAUCAGCUCUAUCUCUUAGGCCCCCUCCUUUUUUUCUUUCUCCACCACUUGAUGACCCUGUUUAUUCUCCAUAUGGUCCAGUGUUUUGUAAUAUUUGUUCACCAGAUGUCUGACUUUAUUCACCAGCGUACAAAUGAUUGAGCUGGUUUGCUGGAAAUGGCUGCCUUAUGUGUGGGUGGGGGCGGAUGAGCGUUUGUUAACCAUAUGAAGCAGUGAACCAAAACAAUGAGCUGAAGAUUUGAGUGUCUGUUCUCAGUGAAUCCAGCAACACUAACAACUUCUUAAUGUUACAGUCAGUCUAGUAUUUCAAGGGCCACAACACUGAUUUUAAAUGUGAUCAGCUUCUGCGACAGUGUUAGUGUUACCCUUAGAAACAGUUUUUUAAACUAACUCCAAUGAUGUCACAGUGAUGUCAUGGCAUUUAAUGUUGGAGCCAGAGUUUUUGAUGCUUGACUCCCAACUACGGACUAAAAAUGAAUCACUAAAUAUCACAAGAUCACUAGAUAUCGCCUUAAAUUAAAAGAUGAACUGCAUACAGAGGCAGAAUGUGACGUAUUCAUUCUGCUGCAGAGAUCAUAUGAUUGACGAGUCACCUCUUAUCUAAAUUAGAAUUUUGCGGUGUGGAAACAACCCUGAUGGGACGGAGAUAUCACUGCUUGAAUAGCUCAUGCGUGAGGUUUUGACUUGACUUGAAUUUUUAGAUCUGCAGUCUGACCUGCUCUGCUUCUGUUCUUCAGAACUGUGCUUCAGUUUAUAGCUCAGAAUAGACUUAAGAAUUUAAAAAAAUUAAUUUAGCCUCAUUGUAAAAAUUCUCUGACUCACAAGUCUACAGCUCAAUAAGCAUUGUUUUCAUUCACUGCUUUCCUCUUUUUAAGUUCAUCCGAAUCACCCAUUUUUCUAUUUUUCUAUUUUAUCUUCCCUUUACUAAUAGUUCUUUAGGAGUUUUCUUACUUUCUUAAGCAGAACUUGAAUAAGCAUUUUUAUCUGUAUGUGCAAUACAAUAGACAUAGACCUCAUAUCUUGUGUUUCUGACAGAUUUCAUAGAGCACCAGCUACGGUUAUUGUUAAAAUUACAAAUGUUCACGCAGGUCAACGUGAGGUGUAUUCUUGUCCGUCACCUCGGCAAAAUAUCCAAUAUAAAUAAAUAUUCAAAAUGAUAAACAC